GCCGUGGCGCUCCGCGGGCCAGUACCGGGUUGUCAGAACGRUCGCCGCGGUAGUGGGGCGAGGCUGCGUCGUCGCUCAGUCUUGGUCGUCCGGGACCCGAGUGAGGAUGAGAGCGCAGAGGACACAGGGCCGCUGGAGGCGCAGGUAACGAAGCUGGGGUGCGGUGGGCUUGCGGCUGGGCUUCUUCCGGGACCAGUGGUGCUGAAUGGAGAGGACCGAGAAGACGCCGAGCCGCGGCUCCUAGCGGCGGGGCCGCUGCAGCUGCCGGGCGAAGAUGUGCGGAUCCCGGGUGGCUUGGGGCAGCUGAGAGCCUUCGAGCCCCAGGACCCCCGAGGCCCGAGAUGAGUUAGCGGGGCAGCCGCGGGGGCCAGUUCCUACCACCACAGGCCGGGGCGAUCGCCCUCCCGCCCCUUCCUUGCAGAGGCCGACAGCUCCUUUCCGCGCCCUCCCGCCCGUGCCCUCGGCUCUGGAGACCAUGAGGUUCCGCAUCUACAAACGGAAGGUGCUAAUUCUGAUGCUUGUGGUGGCAGCCUGCGGCUUCGUCCUCUGGAGCAGCAAUGGGCGACAAAGGAAGAACGAAGCCCUUGCCCCGCCGUUGCUGGACGUCGAGCCCGCGCGGGGCGCGGGAGGCCGGGGUGGGGACCAUCCCGCGGUGUCGGUGGGCAUCCGCAGGGUUUCCAACGAGUCGGCGGCUCCACUGGUCCCCGCGGUCCCGCAGCCGGAGGCGGACAACCUUACGCUGCGAUACCGGUCCCUCCUGUACCAGCUGAACUUUGAUCAGACGCUGAGGAAUGUAGAUAAGGCUGGCACCUGGACUCCCCGGGAGCUGGUGCUGGUGGUCCAGGUGCAUAACCGGCCGGAAUACCUCAGACUGCUACUGGACUCACUUCGGAAAGCCCAGGGCAUUGACAACGCCCUCGUCAUUUUUAGCCAUGACUUCUGGUCGACAGAGAUCAAUAAUUUGAUCGCUGGGGUGGAUUUCUGCCCUGUUCUUCAGGUGUUCUUUCCUUUCAGCAUUCAGUUGUACCCCAACGAGUUUCCGGGGAGUGAUCCUAGAGAUUGCCCUAGAGACCUGCAGAAGAAUGCAGCUUUGAAA